CUGCUUGUUCUCCUGCCGGGAACUGUUCAUGACUGCGAUGCUCAAGGACAGUUCCACUUCUUCCUGUCUAGAGGCAGGAGCUGUGCACUUGAUUCCCGCUCCCUCCCCUUUCCCAUCAGAUAUAAAAGCUUCGCUUCCAGACAGCAGCGCACAGAGCGCUAAGCAGCAAAAGGUGCUGCUGGAGCUACUCGCUGCUUCUCUUUUCUGCACAGAUUUAAGCAAAGCAUCUGUCUCCUUCCUCACCAUGUGUCGGGGGUUAGCUUCCCUUCCUACAAGCUGCUUGGAAAGAGCAAAGGAAUUCAAGACCCGCUUGGGGAUCCUGCUUCAUAAACCAGAUCUGGGAUAUAAAAUUGGGAGCCUGAGCCGAAGCACAAAGCAGAGAUAUGCCUUAGAAGAGGUGCUCGGAUGGAAGGAGUCUUUUGACCACCUCCUGAGAAGCAAAAGUGGCGUGGCAGCAUUUCAUGGCUUCCUCAAAACAGAGUUCAGUGAAGAGAACCUGGAGUUCUGGCUGGCCUGUGAGGAGUAUAAGAAAACCCACUCAAAAGCCAAACUAGCAGCCAAGGCCAACAGGAUCUUUGAAGAUUUUGUUCAAAAUGAGGCCCCCAAAGAGGUGAACCUUGACCAUGAAACCAGAGAGGCGACCAGGAGGAACCUCACCAUUGCCAAUCCUGCUUGCUUUGAAGAAGCCCAAGCGAAAACCCACACCUUGAUGGAGAAGGACUCCUAUCCCAGAUUUCUGAAAUCUGCCUAUUACAGGGACCUGACAGAGCAAGCGACCAGCCACAGGACAGGCAAGCCCACACACACCUGAACCUGCUCGUUGUCACUGCUAGGACUUGCGUUGGGGGAACAGAGACAAAGAAUGAACCAGGAGAGGCAGGAGCCUCAGAGGGAGGUGAUAAGAGCUUUCCAGUGGUGGAGUUUGGGCAGGGCCUUUACAUUGGCCAGGAUGCCUGGGACCUCAUAUGCUUCCAUGCACCCAGAAGCUCUACCAAGAAAAGGCCCUCCCUGGCAUCUGGGAAGGGCAGAAAACAGGCGUUCAUGGGAAAAGCACCGGAGAAAAUUGUGUAAGAAAGAACCUGCGCUCCAAGUAGGACGAAGAAAGCAGAAGGGAAGGCGAGAAUUGAGGGACAGAGAACUAGGAAGGUUGAAUUCCUCUCUAAAACUGUUUAUCAUCCUCAUGUUCAAUGUUAUGCACCUGUGCACCAUGCAUCAGUCUCUACCUGCUUUCAGAAUCCAGUAUCUGCACUUGCAAAACACAGACUACAACGUGUAUAUAGCACACAGGGGUUUGAAAUCUCCAGCUACCGCAUGACAGUUCCCGAAGCACACAGCUCUCUGCAUGUUUGUACACCAACCAGCUGAACAGUCAAGACUUAGCAUCCUUAACAGUGCAGGCGUUGCUUUGCAUUUGUACCCAGAGGAAUUCUGCAUCUGCUUUGAUCCAACAGCAUAUCUGCCUUCUGCCAUGAUGGGCAAACUUCCUUCCAGUGACAUCUGCAGAAGCCAACAAACUCUGUGUAUUGUGCCUCUCUGAACAUUAUAAGCAGCCUUGGGUGAUAUGCCCCAUUUUUUAAUUGCUUCCCAUUUAUUGUUAAUUAUUAUAGUUGUUAUUAUUAAUAAUAAUUUAUUUAGAUAGGGCAUUUAAUGAGCACAGCACUUUAGACACAGGUACUACAAACAAGUCAUUGCAGCAAGGGGCCUGCAACUGAUAUCUCCGCUGAUUUCACGAUACCUACUGGUAUAAGACUACACUGACAGGUGGCAUCAACAGAAAGGUAAAGAAAAAGAGAGAGUGGGAAACAAGACUAGAUUGGCCCUGCAAAUAUAAGUCUGUAAAAGUUACUAAUUCCUCACCCCUCCAUGGAAAAAAACUACUACCCUGGUGGUCCAAACAAAACAUGUGUUACAAAGCAUUCUAUGCCUGUUUACUUGAAAGUCCCACUUUUUUAAUGGGGCUUGCUCCCAAAUAAGUGUGCAGAUGUAUAGGUUUGCUGCCUC